AUGGCGGCAAAUCCAGAAGCCGACGUAGGUUAUUUACACAGUUUCCCUUCGCGUAGAUCUUUUGAGGGGAUUUUAAAAAAGUAUGAGGAGGACACACUGACGAAAUUUAUUGUUUCGACAAAAGACAAGGCUUUUGGUCAAGAGGACCCCACACCAGGAUCCAAGAAAAUAAUGUGGGAGCUAAAAUAUGUGCCUUUUGAUGGAGUACCCUUCAUGGUGGUAGGAAGGAAGGUCUACUCCUGCCACCAGGGUAAAGACAAACAUAAGAAAGAAAAGCAAACAAGACAACAACAACUGCUUGAAGACCACUUGGAGCACUCUUAUGAAGAGAGGGGACGUCUUCUUCAAGAUUCAAAGAAACUGGACUGCCCAGCCAGAAUCUAUGUGCUUCAUCUAAUCAGAUUCCCUGGUUACAAGAUACCUGAUGACUUAAACAAAUGGAGGAGGGAGAGCGCCAGACGUUUAAGAGUCGUAUUAGCAACAAACCCCUCGGAUGUGAAGUUUGAGGAGCAGUAUGCUGCAUACUUCCCAGGGAUCAAGGCGCACAAGAACCAUCCUGGGGUAGGAGAGGUCACUGAGGUCCGUGAGCCAGUGGACCCCAGGAUAGAGAGGCGUAUCGAAAAGUUAGCAUUAGCUGGUGCUAGGAAAGUUAGCGAAGUCAGGAGACACAUCUCCAUCUUUGUGUCUGAGCUGUUCAGAGGAGAGGCUCCCCCUCACCAACAAGGAGCAGGUUUUACCCCUUUGACAAAGACAUUAGAAACAUAA